AUGAAGAAGAGAAAUUUAAUUGAAAAUUACAAGGACGCGGCUCACUUAAGAGUCUACAUGCUCUGCUUAAUUGGUUUGCCAACCGCCCCUGAAGUGUCGCAGGAGACGAGAAUUUGGGCAUCACAAUUGACUUCCCGCUUGAGGCCAGCUAGUACAGACAUUGGGUAUUUCAAAGGUCAGAGGUCGUACAUCGCCAAAGAAGAAGAAGAAGGAGAAGACAAUGGAGGGAAUCUCCAGCAUGAGCAUGGACGACGAAGUGUUUCUGACCCCGUCAGACCCGGCAUUGCCCAGCAGUGUGUGCACCGAGGCAGAGUACCAAGCAGAUGGGUGGUUGACGGUGGCAUUAGAAACCAACAAAGCACGGAUGUCACGACUGCGACUGAAACUGGCAAAGAAAGCGGCGAGGCAUUGGCGGACCAGACAGGUUGGACUCCAGUUACAGAGGAAGGAGGACAAGCGGCUCGACCGGAAAGAGUUGCAGAGCCAAUGAGGACUCCAAGGCCGAACAUUUUCCCCGUUCGACCCAGCAGCGGAACUUCAAACUCUCGAGCUCAGCGACAGCCAGAUCAAGGGACCUGUGAGGGAGGUGAUGAUGGUCCGAGAGAGCAAGUUGAAAUCGCGAAAUCAUCGUCAGAGUUUGAAGUCCCAUUGGACGUGGAACCGCCACCGUACGUUGACUAUUAUGUCCUGCACAAAAUGAUGAAGCUUGUCAAGCCGUACAAUCCGCAAUGGACGCCGAAACACAUGAAGACCGUCGUGGAAGCUCGCCGAAGGUUUUAUCACGCUUUCCAAGUGUGGAUAGGCGUGAUCAAUCAAUGCACCGAUUUGUGUGCGUAUGACCGUAUCAUGAAAAACGAGAUUCAGGCUAGGAAGGAGGCGUUUGAGAAGCGCUUGCUUCAGACUUAUAGCAUUGCGGAUUUGAAUAAUUUGGUUCAUGCGCAGUCAGCGGGCGAUCUGGGGUUCGACGAGAAAGAGGCUCGAGAACUUGAUACGAAGCUGAGUGCGAACAAGCUCCGGAUUCAUCGAGAGCGGAGAAACGAGGAGGAAGCUCGCAAAAGAAGAGAUAAUGCUGCUCGGGAUUUGGUGCUCAUCAAGAGAGCCCUUUUGGCGGAUGAUAUGCCAGUUCUGGUGAAGAUCGUGGACACUGUCAACAAUAUUAAAGUCCGUAAAGCUGUUCGAGACAGAAAGGAAAAUGAACGCCCUAAAGCCCAAAAGGCUGAAGAGGGGAAUAAGAUGCUAAAGGAACCGCCGCGACCAAAGACUCGUGCCAGGAAGAGAAAGAUCGAUGGUUCUGUUGCGACAGCUCAAGUGUCAAAGAAGAAUGGGGGACCGAAGAGGCAGCGGAAGACGUGA